AUGCCAGUGUGGAUUGGUAUGAGGAGAUUCUUAAAGGAAAAGAGAUGGGUAGAUGGGUCGCCUGUAGACUUUUUACCAAGCCCUGGGGGUUACCAUUCUGCUAGAAACUUAAACACGUGUAUUUACAUCAGUAGUGACUGGUACGAGGGAACGUGCGACAACAAUUUGUACUUCAUCUGCAAACGUGAAGUUGAUGAGAAUUCAAGCCACUUGACAAAUCAAUCGAUGUCGGGAUCCUCUACCAUCGUCAUCGAGAGAUGGUCAAGUGAGCAUAGCCUGGCAGUAUCUGCGUCAGAUACCAUGACAACAGCUUCCGUAUCUGACGGACAACGCAGUGCAGAAUCAAGAAACAACAGAAGCCAUGCAGAUUCGUAUGACAAACGACAAUUUGAAGAAAUACUGGAGAGUCUAAAAGUGAAGAGGAAGAAAGCCAGUACACAUAGUACAAAAGAAGCUCCCGGAAGUCAAGCCAUUGGGGCAGUCGCCAUGUUAAUUCUGUUGUUGAUGUUCACGGGGGUUAUUUUACUAGACUUGAACACCUUCCAGCAGAACUGGAGAAUGUUUCGUAGGAAUGUGUCUGAUGUACGUUAUCACUCUCAGUGA